UUAAAUUUGGGAGAUUUCAGAGUGACUGGAGGAAUUGUUUGCCUAGCUGCGAUCGAAUUGCUGAGUCAGGGCUACCGAGUUGCUGAGUCUAACCAUGGCUGAUUUUCAUACAUCGACUCACAGAGUUAAGUGGAUCUUCUCUCCUCAAGAACUGGUUGAGAAAUACAAGGCUGCUAAUCAAAGAGCAAUACAAACACUGGAGAAGUAUGGAACAACACAAAUGGAAGUAGACGCAGAAGGUUCGAUGUCGUACCCUGAACCAAUUGCGAGGGAUAAUGCCGACAAGCAUUCUCGUCCAAAACCUCUUAACAUUGAAGAAGAACAAUUCAUGCGGGUGUUUUAUGAGAACAAACUUCGAGAAGUUUGUAGUGCAUUCUACUUUCCCAAUAAAAUUCAGGCGACAGCACUAAUUUACUUCAAAAGGUUUUAUCUGCAGUGGUCGGUCAUGGAACAUCAUCCAAAACAUAUAAUGUUAACCUGUGUGUAUGCAGCCUGUAAGAUAGAAGAAAAUCAUGUAUCGGCAGAGGAGCUUGGUAAGGGGAUUUCUCAAGAUCAUCAGAUGAUUCUCAAUUACGAGAUGGUUGUGUAUCAGAGUCUGGAAUUUGAUCUCAUUGUUUUUGCACCCUAUCGUUCAGUUGAAGGUUUUGUCAAUGACAUGGAGGUGGGUUCAGUUUGCAAUUAUUGUUUUGUUUUUCCUUCUAUUGUUGAUUUGCAAGAAACUGCUAGGAUGGAAGUUGACAAAAUUAUGCUUACUGAUGCUCUACAUCUGUUUCCUCCCGGCCAGUUGGCACUGGCUGCCUUACGCAGCGCGAAUGAGAUGCAUAGAGUUCUCGACUUUGAGGGAUACCUAAGAAGUCUUCUCGCACGCCAGAAUUCCGAGCACAGCAUUUUGCAGUUUAUAGAAUCACUAAAUGCUAUAGAUGUUUGGGUUACGAAAUACAAGUUCCCCACAGAAAAGGAUAUGAAGCACAUAAACCGGAAACUGAAAUCUUGUUGGGGGCAUAGCUCGCACGACGAUAAGAAGCGGGAGAAGAAAAGGCACAAAUCCCAUAGGAGUUCAAAUGAAGCUCAGAAUGGACCAUCCCUUGCUUAACCGUAUAUUUUCGCAUGCACAUUGGAGUUGACCUUGUUUGAUCAAGUCAGUGGUUUGGUUUAACUCCUCUCAAGAUUUGUUUAUAGCCCAGAUUAUCGUGAUAGCAGCAGUCUGGUAGGAGGCCGGGAAUAGCAAGGUCAAACCGUUAACAAGGGCUAUCGAAACAAGAUGUUUACGGCAGAGUCAGUUCGUGUUGCAGACAUCAGUACAUUCUGUAUGGUGAUCAGACCCUUUGGGGAAAUAGCUAAACCCUGUUUGAUAUGAGGUUGCUGACCAUUGGGCUCUGGUUUCAUAUGAUGGAACAUAGGUUUUUGUUACUUGAAAGUGAAUUCUGGCUUGAAUUAAAACUUUUGGCAACAUGGGACUUGUUUGUCUGUAAUUUCUCUCUCAAAUCCAUCACACAACAUCAAAGAUGCUUUGUUCAUUUCUAUUACAUUGAAGAAAUGAUUACUUUUUAAUUG